AUGGUAAUGGAAUCCACUAGCAUGGUUAGUUGUGCGAUUGAACAGUUUUACACUCCGAUGACAGUGACAAUCUAUAAGAGCUGCAGUGGUGGCGAGUAUUAUGUCCGUUACCGAGUACUGCCAGAUUCAGGUACGGAUGGGGAAAGCCAGAGCGGCAGCAAAGAGCAGCUUAGCGAAAGAAAAAUGUCUAAGCCUCCUCCUAUUUCCACCAUCACGUAUAAGGUUGAAGCAUCAGAUACAUUGACUUCAGUUGCUGCUAGGUUCGAUACAACACCAUCUGAGUUAGCCAUACUGAACCGGCUAUCAUCACGCACACUAUUUCCUGGUCAGAUUCUUCGUGUCCCAGAUAAAAAGCGAAUAUCUGUGUCCGAGUCUGAUGCGUCUCAAGGAGGUCUCAGCAAUUUAGAUUUAUCCGAAACCAACAGUUUCACAUCGGCUGAUGGAGAAAGUAGACCUGGAUCUGGGCCUUCAACCGGCAAUGAUAAUAAAGAUAUCAUUGAUAGGAGGGAAGAUGACAUGUUGGACACAUUACGGCCUUCAUCUCCAAAACCCGGUCAUCCAGAACGUAUUGGUUCUUCAGUAUCUCCUUCAUCAAGCAGAUCACAUUCGCGCGGUGUAGAAAGGUUCCUCAAAAUAAAUGUCAGACACAUCACAGAUGGACAAGGUGUGGUGGGUGGUGUAUUAUUGGUCACUCCUAAUGCUAUCAUGUUUGAUCCAAAUGUCUCUGACCCGUUGGUUAUUGAGCAUGGGCCAGAGUCUUAUGGUGUCAUAGCUCCUAUGGAAUUUGUAGUGAAUGCAGCCAUAUAUUAUGAUAUAGCGCAUAUGAGAGUUGCUGGACCUUACCAAUCAACAGGAAGUGAAAAUGAGAAUGUUACAAAACCAGCGAUUUAUCAUUUAUCUCCCGUUCUUAAAUCUGAAACAAUGGACGACAGUGAACAUAAGUCCCCAACAAUGUUAACUACAAUGCAAACUGAUUCAUUGGACAGUGCAACAUUAGAUUUACAGAUAUCUCCUGGAGGUCGAACUGAUUCUCUCUUGGCUAAGGAUGAAACUUUUCCAGAACUUAGAUCUUCAACUGAAGAUGAAGAAGAAGAUGGUAGCAUUUGUUCAUGCAACGCACAGAGAAAUGAUGGAGCUGCAUUUCCAAAAGCAUUUGAUCGUGAUCUAGUCACACCAAGUCCCAUGAAUAGACCUAAUGAUGCAUUAAAGAGAUCAGACAAAGAAUUGGCUAUUGAACACAUUGGUAGUGAAGAUGAUAGGCCACUUUCUUCGAUGUCAGCAGAACAAGAUGCUGUUUGUAGUAUACGUAAUAUGGAACAGCGCAGGCAAUCUUCGAUUGACCAACACUGGGCAAUGCCAAAUAAAGUCAGAUCUCUUGAUGAUGAACCUCCGGUUCAUCAUGCAGUACAAGAAACAGUUGAAGACUCUGAACCAUCAAGUGGUUAUCUAGUAAAGCAAUCAUGUCAUGAUUCUGGCAUUGAUAUUCGAGAUCCACCUGUAUUACCAAUACCUCGUAAAACUGUUUAUUCUGAUGCUGAUAUACUUUUAUCAGAAUCUGAGUUUCUUCCACCAGUGUCUGUCAUACCAUUGUCUUCUGACCAUCUUAAUGAUGCAGUUCAACUACGUAAAAAGAAAACUACAUCAGUGUCAUUUAGUUUGGAAGAUUCUAAGGAACAAGAUUCUGCAGGUAUAAUAGAAGUUCAAAAGGUUGAUGAACAAGCUGAAAAACAGGCUCAGGAAACUAAAAAAAAUAAGAUGCUGAAAAGGCUUUCUUAUCCCUUAUCUUGGAUGGAAGGAUUUACUGGUGAUAAAGAUAAUGAAAAAGAGCCAUCAGUACCGUCUUCAGCUGAAUCAUCUCAUCUAUCUCAUUCAUCCAGUGUGUUCUCUAAAGUUUUUUCAAGCUCACCAAUAAACAUGGUGACUGAUUUUGGUUCGGGUCUGUUCCUAAUGAAAACACCGAGCGAGGAGAGUGGGCGAUUCCAGUUCCCGCCACCUCAGGACUGUUCGCCCGCCCCGCCUUCGGCCACCCCAUCUAAACGUGAAGGCCUUGCUGGCUUCUCGCCGUCAUCAAUUAUUAACAGCGUAGGGCGUUCGUCAGUCACUACCUUUAUACGCCAGCAACACAAUAGCUCAAACAGCCGUUCAGAUAGUCAGAGCACUUCAAAAGCUAUGCAACCUAAAUUAGAUUAUCGAAGUAUGGUAUCUGUAGAUGACAUGCCUGAACUGUUUGUAUCUUUUGAAAAAUUAAUUCCAAGACCCGUCCAUACAUUUGAAGAACCACCACCUCUUUAUUUAAGGCUACGAAUGGGUAAACCAAAAGACAAAAAAAUACCAAAGUCAACUCCAAUCAUGUCAUAUGGCAAGAAAAAGAUGAAGCCAGAAUAUUGGUUUAGUGUUCCUAGAAACAGGGUGGAUGACUUGUAUCGUUUUCUUAUGUUAUGGGUCCCCCUCUUGUAUGGUGACUUAGAUGAAGAAAUAGUUGCAUGUCGUGGUUUUGAGUUGGUUGAAUCCGACACAGAACUGUGGGAAGAAGCGGAAACACCGCCUGGCGAUACUAGCGAUAAAAAGCUAGACAGAAAUGAAAGCGAAGCUGGUGAUCUCACACGAGAGUCUUGGGAGGUGUUAAAAGCGCCAUAUUCAAAAUUGUACUCGAUGCUGAAGACUCAGGCCGAUCAAUUCGGAUCGUCAGAUUCGCAGGCAAAUAAUGAGGUACACUGUUAG